AUGUCCUUCACAAAGGUAGCCUGCUUUGCCCACACACUCAACAUAGCAGCCCAAAAACUCUAUGGUGUACCUGCUAUUGCAAGGUGGGCAGGAAGAAUCCGGGCCAUGGUGCUGUGGCUGAAGAGAAGCAGCUUAGCUAAGCCUGUUCUCAAAGAGAAACAGCGUCUUCUUGGUCUUCCAGAGCAUGGUGUGAUCCUGGAUGUGAAGAACCGGUGGAACAGCCUCUUCCUCAUGGUGGAGAGAUUUGUGGAGCAGUUUCCUGCCCUCCAAGCAGCCUCCAUGGAUCCUCGCUUGAAAAGAUCAAUGGAGAGGGACAGGCUGGAGAGAAUGAGUGCUGAUGACUUGGCUAAGGCAGAACAGUUUGUCAGAGUUAUGAGGGUCCUUUAUACCUCCACCAUUUGCAUCUCUGCUGAAAAGAGCCCAACUCUUGGUCAGAUUCUUCCCAUCCUUGGUAAACUACAGCACCACUUCACAGUCACAGCUCAAGACUCUGCAUUUACACAGGCCAUCAAGGAGAAGAUCUGGGGUGACCUUUCUCAGCGAUACCAGGAUGAGCGUACCAGGCAGUUCUUGGAGGAGGGCACGGCCUUGGACCCAAGAUUUAAGAAUAAGGUGGCAGGUCACGAUGUGUGGGCCAGACUGGUGAAUGAGUUGCUGACACGACAGAAUGAAGGUGUAGCAGCCCAGCAGAUGGAGCUGACGGCUGAUGAUGACCGCGGUGAAGACUCAUCCUCUGAUGACGACUCUAUGGUGGUCAGGGUUUCAAAAAAGAGGAACCUAGGGCUCUCUGCCCUCGGGGAGCUGUUUGCCGACGAGGACAUGGCAGUGGAAACGCGGCAGGAAACACCACAGACCAUUGCCGAGAAGGUGCAGGAGGAGAUCCAGCGAUACAGGGACCUACCAUCUACUCUGACCUCUGUUAACCCUGUAACCUGGUGGUGGACUGAACGAAACACGUUUCCAUUGCUGUCGGACUUGGCAGGCAGAUAUCUCUGUGUACAGGCAUCCUCCACUCCUGCGGAGCGCACGUUUUCGACAGCUGGGGACACUAUCAGCCAAGAAAGGUCAAUCGAGACCCACGUCUCGCACAACGUCUGCAUGGUUGAACAGGACUUUUGA